UGAGCCUGGUAGGCAACUUAGUCAGUCAGUGGCUGAAGUGCACGUCAACCGUUCGAGUCUGUGGCCCAACUUUUUCACUACAACCACUCGUGUUUAUGGUCCACCUGCUGCACUUAGAAUCAUCUACCUAUGCUCACCGACCACUUGACUGACUCAAUAGCCACAAAUCAACCUCAGAAGCAAGGAGAGUGUUAGCGAGUGACCAAGAGACAAGAUGUGGGUGAGAGUGCUACUUCUGGUGCUUCUGGCGAGUCACACUCUUGCAUCUGGCUCCACCUUCCGUCGUAAACAUGAGGGCAGUGAAGUUACCUUCGAGUCUCCGCACAUCAUGCUAGUACCCACGAUAACGUGUUUAAGGUGCAGUUUGUGGUGCAGUGUGACCAGUUCGUGUGUGGUCUUUACCUGGGACAAAGUCAGCCUGGAGUGUAAACUUUAUUCCUCGCUCAACGUGAUCACCACCACACCCUCCCUCACCACCACUCUCCUCAUCUACGGUCUUGAGGUGCCUACCUCGGAGUGGAUCUCUCAUUCUGCUGGCUUCUACUAUCAAAUCCUCCAUUUCUCCGGUAUCUGGGCAGAUGGUCGAGACUAUUGUGUGUCUCUGGGCGGCAAGUUGGGCUACUACAAUGAUGCUCUUGAGUUAAAGACUAUGAGAUCACUGGCUGGGGUUAAUGGCAUGUACGUCGGACUGAGUCGGAUGAACGACAGUUCUCUCUGGUAUGAUGAAGAUGGUACACAAUACCCCACCCUCCCCUGGUCACAAACUGCAACUGAACCCGACCCAGGUGAGCACUGCGCUGCUUUCUACGGUGGUGCUCUUAGCAACGUCAGAUGUGAAGGUUCCAGGGAUAUCAAUGUCUUGUGCUUUAAGGCAUAGAUAUAAACUGGCACCGUCAUACUCUUCAGGAAAUCCGGAGAAAGCCUUUGAAGCAGCAACAAAAUUUCAUUCUACUCAAACCAAGCAAAUUCCUACACUUAAGAAUAUUUUGACUCUGCCCUAUCGCAAUGAAUUUG